AUGACGAAACGCAAUAAUAAUAGCAAGACCAAUCAAAAAUAUAAACAAACGUAUUCGGGAUCGCAAUCGUCUAUAGAUGAAGACAAUUUUGAUUUAGGAUACGACAAAAAUAUUUACAACGAUAUAUAUGACGAUGCCAACACGGAAAAAAUAAAAAAACUAAAAACCCGACACCGAAUCAAACACAUAAAAUCAACUUCGGACGACGUCAAAAACGCAAACGAUAUUCUUCAGUCCAUAAAAACCAAAAACAUAAACGCUAUAAUACCGAAUUUAGCGACAAUUAUAACAUUAUCUAAAGAAUCGUCAGAUUACAGUACAGUUUCGGAAAAACUGACACGCGAGUUGAUAUCUGCUAUAGAGCACAACGUCGGUAGAUUUCUAGUACUCGACGGUUAUCUGAACAACCAAAAAGAUUUGUUAAAAUUCACCGAAUCCGAAAACACGAUUUAUAAAUUAGAUUUAUUUAAAAUAGAAAAUCAAAUACGCGACCUAUGGAAUCUGAUCGAAACGGUAAACUCCGUCGAUCCGACCGUACCCGUAGACGGUAUUUUGGAUAACCUGAAAUCUGAAUUUAAAAAAAUUCGUAAUUUAAUCGACGACUAUACAGUUCUGACAAACAUACUUCGAGAAACCGAACAAAAAAACACAGAGUUGUCCGAAAAAUUAAAAAAUUCACAAGAACAUGAAUCGAAAUUAGUAAUAGAGUUAAACACAUUGAAUGACACAUUGCAUAUUUUAAAAAAUACCGGAAACCCGUCGUACGAUUCCGAACAAAUAAAAAAAACACGGCAACAGUUCUUCGAACAGUUACAAGAUCACGCGUUUGAAAAUAUAAAAUUACACGGCGACGUGUUGACGAACCGAAAAACAGCGGACUUGUAUAAAACGAAGAAUCAAGAAUUAGAAAACGAUAUAAAUAAAAAAGAUUUUGAAAUAAAUCUAUUGCACAAACGCAUUACCAGAGUUGAACAUGAAUUACAAACGUUACGUGAUACAAAAACUAUAACAGAACGUAUGGCCCAAAGCUGUUGGUCAUCCGCACAAGAGUCGGAAAACAAAAAAGAUCGUAUCGCUUGGCACAAGAAUAGUCAAGAAAUCGAUAUACUGUUAGAUGACAUCAAACAAAUAAAUAAUAUCAUAAACGAAAAUUCAGAGUUGCAAGUAACCGUGUCACACUAUUUAACUACGCGCGAAUAUUCGUUACCAUCGAUACCGAUGUCGUUGACCAUUUCGCCGUAUUCGGUACCGGCGGCUUUAACGUACCUAAACGACGACGAGAACGAAGACGAUUACACGUCAUACGCUAUAAUGGGACAGGACGACGAUUCUAUGAACAAGAUGGAAGAGGAUGUAUUGAUAUGA